UUAAAGGGGUCGUAGCGAGGAGGGCGGAACACGACGGAUCACUGAGAAAUGGGACUCCUAGUUCUUGUUGUCGUUUUGACGAUGUUACAGGUGGGUCUGGCAGCCAGAAUACCACGGGGAUUCCUAGACACGAACAUCAACUCAAGCACGACUGAAGACAGAGAAACCAUACGCGAGCUGUUCGCUCUGGUGAAGGAUACGCAGAAAUUCCUGUUAGAAACUAACAAAACAAAGAUGGCGUUUGGCCAACAACUUACUGACCUCGAGAGGGAGCAAGCCGGACUAUCAGCACCACACACCACGCUGUCCUCUGCGUUCUACGUCACCCUGGGUCAGGAUGUCCGCUACCCGGGGGUCCGACGUCCCAUACUGUUUGACCGUACACGUCUGGAUGUCAUGGGGAACUACAACACCCACUACGGCAAGUUCACGGCUUAUGUGCCCGGAGUGUACUCCUUCUCGUGGACAGUCGCCACAUAUUACGGACACUACAUUGUAGCGGCAUUAAUGCAUGGUGACAUCGUGGCCGGACUUACCAUGGCUGGCGAUACUGUUGACACCAGCAUGGCGACCGGUACCGCUGUACUGCGUCUUAGCGAGACAAAUAUGGUGAUGGUUGUGGUCACCGAAAGCUCAGCCGGAGCAGCAAUAGUGGCAUCGAUGAGCUCUUUCUCCGGGUCCUUUAUUUCUGCCUGAAUAUAUGAAAACGUCUUCUUAUAUUUCGUAAAAAUGAUCAAAUUAAAAAUUAAAUCUAUAGUAGUCGAACAACUGUGACAUCAAACAAAGACACUACUCUAACGUCCUUCGGAACACUGUUGUACACCACACCUCUCGUCCUUCGGAACACUGUUGUACACAAUCAUACCCGUCCUUCGGAACAAUGUUGUACACCGUACCUCUUGUCCUUCGUAACACUGUUGUACACCGUGAGUCCGGCAAACGGCAGCUGUGUAAAACUAGCUUUGCGCUCAAACUGUUUCGUAUUUUUCUACCGCAAGUGUAAUUAACACCAAUAUAAAAUAUUAUUGAUAAGUUUAGUUGAUAUAUUUAAAUAUUAAUUAUUAUAUUAACGCAUAUAUUUUUAAAGAUUGGUAUUAGGAAGCAUGCAUUACUAUAUACUAAAAUGGCUGGAAUAAUCCCGAGUUAUAAACUUUUCCGAACGAAACUCUAGUGUUCCGAAGAGCCAUUGGGAACUUAGAAAAUGUAUGUGAAGUUGCUGGGUUUGAUUAUUCAAAUGACCAUUGGUUUUGUUGGCCAAUAAGAAAAAGGGUCAGAAAUAGUUCUUAUUGGUGAGAAUCACUGUCAUUUGUUAAUCUGUUACACAUCAUUUUCAACCAGAAUGAGACAAA